AUGUCUUCGAACGAGCUGAGCGUGAUGGACAUGGACUCCUGCAUCCGAACCUUCAAAGAGCACAUGCACCUGGAGCUGGAGCCGCCCAGGGUGCCCGGGGUGAUGGGGGGCAAGAGGGGGGCCACGUCUCCCAAACUGUCACCCCGGAGCUCACCCAGGCUCUUCCGCAAGCUCAUGGUGAACAAGAGCAUCAGGCAGCGGAGGAGGUUCACCGUGGCACAUACCUGGCCUUAUGUCGAAGAACAGUUAUGCAAUAGUCCUCUGUGUCGUCGUCAGAACGACAUGUCCUCUUAG